AGGUUUUAAAUCAUGUUUUAGUUGCAAACAAAAUAUUUAUUGAGGAAUAAAAUUGCAAAAUUGAUUUGCAAGUUUGAGUAUUUCGAAGAUUACAAAUUGAGAACUGCAAGAAGAAGCUUUUUUGGUUUUUGGAAGAACGCGUUGUGAAACCAAAAAUCAAAAUUUCGAACACAGCAAGCAGGCAUGUAUCAUCCAACUAGAGGCGGCGUCCGUGGCGGUCGAGAUCAGUUCACUUGGGAUGAUGUAAAAGCUGAUAAACACAGGGAGAACUAUCUAGGUCAUAGUGUCAAGGCCCCUGUUGGUAGAUGGCAGAAAGGUAAAGACCUUUUCUGGUAUACUAGGGAUAAAAAGUCUGAGAGUGCAGAAAUGGAGGCUGCAAAAGAAGAGAUUAGAAGAAUUAAGGAAGAGGAGGAGCAGUCAAUGAGGGAAGCUCUUGGUUUAGCUCCUAAGCGUGCUAAUCGUCCUCAAGGUAACCGUCUUGAUAAACAUGAAUUUUCAGAACUAGUAAAGAGAGGGUCUACAGCAGAAGAUUUAGGUGAAGGUCAUGCUGAAGCAGCGAGGGUUCAAGGUGUUGGUUUUGCAAGAGAACCCCACCCCUGGGAAGAACCCGGUUCCUCAAAGGUCUUACAUACAACACCUGAGGUAGAAAAUGUAUCUAUGCCUAAUCAACCACCAAGAAAAACUGAAGAUGAUUCUGAGGAUGAAAGUAGGCGAAAGAGAAGAAGGGAAGAGAGGAAGGAAGAGAAGCGGGAAAAACGUGAGAAGAAACAUUCCCAUGAGGAAAGAAAGCAAGAGAAGCGUGAGAAGCGGCAUUCUCGUGAUUCAGAUGACAAGAAGAGACACAAGAAAGACAAGGAGAGGAGGAGACAUGAUUCGGAUUGAAUACUCACUCCUCUUGAGUUUUCUCAUCAUCCGUUGUGAAAUUAUUAACAUUUUUACUCUAGUUUCAUGACUUAUUUUCAGUAUAAACAACAUUCCAGAAGCCUGCAUUUAUCGUUAUCCCUUAUUUGGGCAUUGGCACUGGCUAUGUGGUGUUUCAAGUAAGAAAUUGAUAUUUAAAUGAUGCCAAGCUUCAUCAAUUUAAAGGCUUUGAAAUUGUAGCCUCUUGCUGUAUAAAAAAAUUGAACUGUAUGUCUUUCUUUA